AUGUCAGUCUGACUUCAUCCUUCGAAAUGUUAACAUCGUGCAAUUUGUAUCGUCGUGUCGUCGGUCUCAGUGCUUAUACUACUACUACCACUACUGCUAUUUCUGUAUCCUCCUUACCACCCCCGUCGUCGUAGUCGUUGUCGUCCUCAUCGCCGUCGUCGUCACAUCGUCUACCACCCCCGACUUCUUAAGUCGAGCCUCUUAAUUUAAGUGCAUUGUGUAGGAUUUGUGUUUUUGUUUUUUAAUAAUAGAACAAAGAAAAUGUUUGUUUCUCAUUUAACUUUUGUUAUUUAGUGAAAAAUAGAAGGAAGUCGAAAUAUCCUACGCGGAACAACGAUAGAAAAAUUCAAUAGAAACGCAGCGAACCUUAACACCCAUUUUUGUCUUUUUCUUCUUCUUCUCCAGUGGUAGUUUUCCUUUUCCUAUUUCAUAGAAAUAUUGUUGUAUAAUAUUUUUAAGGAUAAUCCCGAAAAUAGACUAAGUUCUUGUUAAAAAAAAGAAAGUGAUAGAAUUAAUAAAGAAAAGGGCGAGAACCUUGAUAAAAAUAAAAUAAAAACAAACAAAAAGAUGUGUCCUAUUUUUCCAGUAAGUGCAAGAAGUGUCCCUUUUAUAUAAUAGCCUCUGCCUCUGCCUCUGAAUCGCACAUGAAAAUAAAAACCGCCCCCCGACUACUUAAAAAAAGAAUCAUAAGCAAAUUCGUAUCGUUAUCCCUAUUUCCAUAUAAAAUAACACGCUAAGAUCCAAAAGUGGAAGUCCGUCUUUCGUUUGUUGUUGUUGUCAUUGUUGUUUGUUCCUUGGUAACGUCACAGUAACAGUCACAGUUACAGCAUUAAAAAAUGUGCUAAGUGCAACGAAAUUGAAAUAAAAAUAUAAGAAUACAAAAAUAAAGAAAGAAAAAAUGAAUAAAAGUUCCGAAAAUUUGAUUCACGGUGUUGGUGUUGGAGUCGGAGGAGCAGGUGAAUUAUCCUCAGAGAGGCAAUCUUCAGAGGACGUUCAUGAGUCAGAUGCCGGCUUGGAGGAUUUCACAGACGAUACAAACAAUUUUGAAUCGAAUCUCCGAAGGCGCAAGGGGAAAAUAAUAUCAUGUGCCAAGGAGACAAUUGAAAAUGCAUCCCGCCAGUUACGUCGCAAGCUUCCUUAUGCUGGACACUUAAUGACACCACGUAGAUUGUGGUUAAAUAAAAUUCCAACUCAAUGUGAUGUUGUAAUUGAGUUUCCAGAAGAUGCUCCCGAUGAGGCUCUCCGAUGGCUGUUGGCACGUAUUCGAUCACAGCCACCUUCAGGUUUAGGUUUGGUAGCACAAGUUAAAGCACACGAGAGUACAAAACGUAAUGCGUUUUAUAUAAGCGCUCCGACAAAUAUCCUUUAUAAAGCCGCCGAAGAAGCCCGCCUACCCAAACGUUUGCGAACUGAUCUAGGAGGUGCCUUAAAAGAAUUUACAACACGCGAAUCGCAUUGUUUUUUACAAACGAAAUGUGAAGAUGGAAGUGCAUCGUUAUUUACAUCACAAGAACGCCAAUGGCUGGUAUUGCAAGUACUGCAGGGAUUAAGAGCAGGACAAAGUGAUUUGGAUGCGUUGCAUGGUAGAGCAGCUGUUGAAGAAGGACAAAGUAUAGUUGCUGCCUGGCAAGAACUAGGCCUGAUAACUCAGGUUUUUCCAUUGCAUGAGACAAGUGCUUUAACAAAUCUACAAUCGAGUUGGGUAAAGCAAAUAUUUGCUCCACAGCCUUUAGAUGACAUUGCUGAAUAUUUUGGCGUCAAGGUGGCAUUAUAUUUUGCCUGGCUUGGCCAUUAUACGUGUGCUCUAGGAGUACCUGCUGUUUUUGGUUCCAUCCUUUAUGCUAUUUUAUGGGGCAAAGGUCAAACAGCUCAAGAUAUGGGUCAUGUCCUAUUUUCAUUGUUCAACGUUGCCUGGGCUUCAUUGUAUUUAGAAGCAUGGAAACGAUAUUCAGUUGAAUUAGCUUUUCGUUGGGGUACACUAUCAACGCCACCAGAACUUUUAGAACCUCCAAGGCCAUUAUAUAAGGGACCUUUGGUUGAAAGCAAUGUUACUGGACGUUUGGAACCAAAGGAAGCACCUGCGUGGAAGCGACGUGCCUUCCGGUACUUGGUCAGUUUUCCUAUAAUCGCUCUUUGUUUGUUUAUGGUUUUUGUUGUAAUGUUUCUCAUGCUACGAUUUCAGGAAUGGAUGGAUCAAAAUAUAUUCUCUGAAACUGGACUCGUUCAUUGCAUGAACACCAUGCAAAAGGAUUGGUGGGAUGAAAAACUACCCGAAGAAAGUGUCCUGUGUUGUUUAAGUGUGAUACCAAAAGUUUUACUUGCCGGUGCCAUCACUUUAAUGGACGAAGCAUAUUACAAGUUGGCUGUUUGGCUCAAUGACAGGGAAAACUAUCGUCUUCAGUCGAAGUAUGAGAAUCAUCUCAUUGCCAAGGUUGCACUAUUUCAAUUUGUGAAUUCAUUCCUAUCGUUGUUCUACAUUGCCUUCUAUCUCCGUGACGAGGAGAAGCUUAAAGAGCAACUAGCUGGGCUGUUGAUUUCACGUCAAAUAAUCGGAAAUCUACGUGAAUCCGCUCUGCCAUAUUGCAUCGAACAAUGGAAACUGGCACGGCUGAGUUUUACAAUGUGGGGAGCCCUCAGCCCGACACAGGAUGUCAAUCGAACAAUUCUCGAUGCACAGCUGCAGCAACAACCUAUAACGUCGGCAUCGUCGCCGUCGUCGGCGUCGUCGUCGUCAUUGCCUAAGAGUCCUAAUAAUGAUCCCAUCAUUGAUGGGGGACAUGAUACAACCAAAGUCGAAGCAGCAGGAGGAGGAACCAGUCCGGUGAUUCCCAGCCCGAAUUUACCAGCAAUGGGUUCGUUGUCAUCACCGGCCACAAAACGGAAUAUUGGACAGGCGGAAAUCGAAAGCUCUUUGUUCAAGUACGACGGCACAUUUUCGGAUCACCUCGAGAUGUUAGUGCAAAUGGGCUAUGUGGUGUUGUUUUCGGCUGCCUUCCCGUUGGCUGGGAUUUGUGCGCUGGUUAAUAAUUUAAUGGAGAUACGGUCGGAUGCAUUUAAACUGGCACACGUCCAUCAGAGGCCCUUCGGCCAGAGAGUGGCCAAUAUUGGGACAUGGCAGAAUGCAUUGAGUGUUUUGAGUUUGGCAGCGGUUAUAGUCAAUUGUGCAUUGAUUGGCUUAUCCGGUCAGGUGUCAAGGUUAUGGCCUGGAUUGACAACGACUCAGACAAUUAUUUUAAUUGUUACAUUGGAGCAUAUAAUGCUGGGAUUACGGUCAGCUUUGACUUGGCUUCUUCCUGAACUGCCAUCAUGGUUGGCGGCUGAAAUUGCGCGUGCCGAACAUUGUCGUCGGGAAAUGCAGUGUAAAGGAACUACACCUAGACCUACACCCCCUACCCCACCAUCGACAACCUCUAUCUCACAUCAAGAUCACGAACAAAUGACCCCCAUGGAUGCAGCAACAACCAAUGAUCAGUCUUUGGAAAGCCAAUUGGCUGAAGAUAUUUUAUAUCAAUCACCAGAUCAAUUAUUGCAUCAAACAAAUUUGUUGCAAUUCGAAGAGAUUCCAUUUGUGGGUCGUUUGGAUAGAAAUUUCGAUACUGAUGCAAAUAUUUUUGAAAAUAGGGAUUCUUCACCGGAUUCACCACCAUCACAGUUAUCAACUAAAACAAGUACAAUACUUAUUCGUCCAUUACAUGAAACAACUUCACCUCAUAGUGGAAUUUCAAUGUUAAGUCUACAACAAGAAUUAGCUGCUGCUGGAGCUAGCGCAUGUAAAGGUUGUAAGCAGAAAGUAAAAAUACCGGAAAUUCCUUCAUUUAGAGGAUAUUCUGUGCGAAAUUUAAGCUCAAUACAAAAUCAAAGAAUGCAAGCUUUUUCAGGCCCAACAUCUGGAAGUGCUGGUACUUUGGCAAUGUCCUCGAAACCUAUACAAAUACCAGAAAUUCCACCUUUUCGAAAAAAAUCAAAUGAUUCAGCUGAAUGUGCAAGUUCGAGCAGUCCAAGUCCAAGAUCAACACCAUCGAGAUAUUUACAAAUGACACCACCGAAAAUUCAAGAAAUUCCGCCAUUCAAAAUUCGAAAAUCAUCGGCUGAGAGUACACAUAAUUUACCAAUAACUGAGAAAGCAGCAACAAUGCAACAAACUCAUGUCCCCGAAUGGAUGUCACGUUUAAAAGUUACUGAACCAAUAAAUAUUCAUAGGAGUAUUGAUUGCAUAGCAGUUAAGGAAUUAGCAAACAAUUCAGAAACGGAUAUUUUAAAGCCCGCGCCAUCAUGGAGCAAUGUUGCCAGCAGCAAACCAAUCCCAAUAAUUGGAGCAACCAAUCAAUCAGCAACAACGACACCAUCAGCAUCAUCAGUAUCAGCAUUACCAGCAACAGCUGUCAUUCAGCAGCCUUCAAGGCCGAGUGUCAGUGGGACCUCAUCAUCAUCAUCGUCAUCACAUCAAACAGAUAAAGAACAUCAACCAAUUCUAGCACCAUUAUUAUUGAAAAACGGAAAAAGUGAUGUUAAAGGUUCGAAUACUACAGAUGAUGAAGCGAAAGCUGAGGAAUUGGCAGCUAAGAAAUCGCGAUUAAAGCAAAAGCUUGUCAAAAGUGCCCGUUCUGUAGCAAUAUUUUCUCUUAAGCUCAAAGAACGCCGACAAAGAGAAGCCGAAAAAGCCGCUAACAUUGCAAUAGAGCAUGCUAAAGCUCUAGCAAAGCUUCCACCAAUAUCACAACCAGGCGGUGAGCUUUCUCUCAUACCCAUCGAAAAGCUCAUACAAGUAGAUGACAUUAGACCAACGACGAAAUCACCCCCAAAAGGUGGAUCAGCAGCAGGAUCUUUCUAAAGUCAAACACAUAAACGACUCCAUCUCUAUAAAUAAAUUUUAAAAAAUAAUAACUUUAUAUACAUUGUAAAUAUAUUCCAUCCAAACUUUACACAAAAAGCACAAACAAAAACAAAAGAGUUCAUAAAAUACAAGGUCAUCUCUCAUAAAGAGAAAAAAGCUUCGACAUUUUAAGAGACAAAUAUUCAUAGAUACAAAUUAAUUUUAAAAGAAAAAGUAUACAUUUUUUAGAAACCCAUAACAAAAAAUUAGCAUUUAGAAUGCAUUUUUAGAGAAAUAUGUAAAAGCAAUUAAAUGGUUAAUUUUAUGAAAACAAAUAA